UUUCCCAUUUCCAGCGACACCCCAGACUCCCCAGACCAUAUCGAUAUCGGGCUGCAGACUUCAGCCAUGUCGUCUUUCAAGAGAAGAGGGCCGUCAGCCAGCGCCCACGCCUCGCUGCCAGCGACCCGCAUAUCCGCUCGGAACUCCAGCGUCGUUCUCACUUCAACCGGCGUUCCGUCCAUUGACGAGCUGCUGGGUGGAGGUCUUCCGCUGCACACAUCGCUUCUUGUCAAUGAGGACCGCUUCACCGGCUAUGCCAAGCUGCUCAUGUCCUACUAUAUAGCGCAAGGCGUGGCAUCCGGGCACGCCGUAUCUCUAGCUACCGCCGACGAAGACCCGGAAAGCAUUAUUCGAGGCCUUAUGGGCGUUGUUGAGGGCAAAGUGCCGUCCGAGAUGAAGGAAGAGGAAGAGGACGAGGACGUGACACUAGGCGCUGGAGGAGCAGCGGUUCUGUCGGGCCGACGGAUGGGUGCGACCAGAAACGACGUUGGCAACGACCGUAUGCAGAUCGCAUGGCGGUAUCAGGGCCUUCCGCGCUUCAGCACGGCGGUCGGAGGGGCAGGACCUGCACGAGCUGGCACGCUCAGCCAACAAACGCCGUUCUGUAAUCUGUUCGAUUUGACGAAGCGCAUGACACCGGCUAUGCUGAAAGCAGCUGGAUCGCAGAUGGCGCUUCUCGACAUAUCUGCGUGGGCGCUGGAAGCAGAGGAAACGGGAAGCGACAAUGUGUUCCAAAGGCUGAUCCGCCAUAUUGAAGGACUCGUAGACGAAGGCGGAUUCCGAAUACGGCCGAAUGGCCCGCCACCACCGACCCUUCUCCGCAUCGCCAUUCAUUCAAUAGCCUCGCCGCUGUGGGGGUCAUCUACCAUCAGCCAGCUAUCAACUUUCUUCCUGUCCCUACGCUCCAUCCUCCGCACAUCAUACGCCACCGCCUUCAUCAGUCUGCCCAACGCCAUUCCUCCCCACGUAACCACAAUCCUAUCUCACCUCUCUGACGGUGUUCUGCGGCUAGACUCGUUCGCAGGGAGCUCAACGCCUGUGCAUUCAGCGUACGAGUCUCAGUAUCAUGGGUUCCUCGAUAUCGUCAAAGUGCCCAGAGUGGCGUCUUUGGGUGGCCGGAUAGGCGAGAUGGGCAUGUUGGGCUUUAAGGUGCGGAGGAAGCGGUUUUUGGUGGAACGGUGCACGCUCCCGCCGGAAGGUGAAGGCGUGAGAAGAGGGGAUGAGGAAGAGGGCAGCAACCGGAAGGCGAGGAGCAGUUGUGGUACUGUGGGUACAGGGAACAAUCCGUUGGAUUUCUGAGCUUUGCGGCGCUUCGCGUAUGUAGUUAGGUCAGCCGGUUAGAGAAUAGACUCAAUAAAUGGAAAGCUAUGGCAAUGGCCGGAAAUC